AUGAAAAAACGGAUACCGGAAGCACUGUUAAUAGCGGCAAAGGAACCCUUAACAGCAACAAUCCAGAGGACUGAAGCUAUAGAACAUGCGGCGGCGGCGAAGGCGGACAAAUGCAGAAAUGAAUGGAAGCAUAAACAACGCGACAAAGUGAAGGAGAGAGAAGUGCAAGAGGAUAAGCGAAGAAAGGAUAGCGAAGCAGCAAGGAACAAUGGACACGAGCGUGCAGUCGUAGUCCCAGUAGAAAUUAAAGCAGACAUACGAGUAGGUCACUAG